AUGCAAACCUUGCUCAGGAAGUAUGGGGUUGUUCAUAGAUUUUCUACACCCUACCACCCCCAAACUAAUGGGCAAGCCGAGAUUUCAAAUAAGGAGAUCAAGAGGAUCUUGGAGAAGAUUGCCCAGCCCAACAGGAAAGAUUGGAGCAGUAGGCUAGAGGAUGCUCUCUGGGCACAUAGGACUGCUUACAAAGCACCCAUAGGGAUGUCUCCUUAUAUCGUUAUCUUUGGCAAAGCAUGUCAUCUUCCUGUGGAGAUAAAGCACCGAGCCUACUGGGCUAUGAAGACCUACAACUUCUCCAUUGAUCAGGCUGGAGAGGAAAGAAAGGUUCCACUGAGUGACCUUGAUGAGAUUUGCUUGGAAGCCUAUGAGAACUCUAAGCUUGGUCUCAUGGGUGGUAAGUUGCGUUCUAAGUUGAUUGGACCUUUUGUUGUUUCUAAUGUUCUCCCUUAUAGUACAGUAGAGAUCAAAAGUGAAUCCACAGACAAGAGCUUCAAGGUUAACAAGCACCGUCUGAAACCUUUCCUUAGCAAUCCUUCCCUGUUGAAUGUAGUUGUAGAGGAGAUGUCUCUGCUUGACCCCACUUCUCUCCCACCACCAUGA